AAAUAUAGUGAGAUUAUAGUUAUUCCAACUAUUUUUUUCUCUCAGUGAAGGAACUUUAAAAUGUUGAAAUUGAAGCUUUAUUUGAUCUCACUGUGUGUCGUCGAGCGUCUGUCACAAUUCGGAGGCGAGCGGGACUAUUGAAUUGCCAUUUCCUGCAGGGAGAACGCGGAUUUUCGCCUGAUUAAUUUGACUUUUUACAAUAAGGAUUACGUGACAGCGCAAUAUUCGUCACGGUUCGCGUGACGGAUUGCAGCCUGCCUUUUGCGCAAUGACGAAAACGCAAUAACGAAGUUAUCCGACGGACGAAAACCUCAUGCAAUAUCCGCAAUUAUCUUCACCACACACGUGUGACACGUGCACAAAUGUGACACGGCAUGCAUCUCAGUGUACGCGAUGAAGAAUUCUAAUCGACCUCGAGUCAACGGAGGAAAUUAUAGAGAGGUCUCGUACAAUUUGUGAAAGACGGAAAAGAGACGCAGUGAUCGCCCGUCAGUGAUUGAAGAAAAUGUCAAUUUAACUGUUAGUUAAAUUUCAUUACUAGUGGAUAAUAGAAUUGAAAUUUUAUCAUAAUUCAAUAUCAGUGAUAAAAAGUUUUUAUUUAAUUAUAAUAUAAUAUUAAUGAUAGAACUUUAAUUUAAUUAUUGAGAUUAUUAAUAGGUGCAUGCAGAAAGAGAACAUUCUUAUUCUAAAAAUAUCUUUGUUUGUGACGUGUAGAUCUUGAAAUGAAGUUACAUGACGCUAAAGAAAGACAAGUUACUCGCAUCAAUAUAUUUCCAUACAGUACAAGAGUUUGAAAAAGAUUUCAGAAAGAUCUCAGAAAAGUUCAGUGUUUCUGAAACCUUUCUGAAAGCUUUUUGCAACUUCUGUGCUGUAUGAGUUUAUAUGAUUUAACGAAAAAAAAUAUAUUCUUAUUAAGAAAUAACUUUCAUGAAUGGGAAACACAAAAUAUUAGGUCAAAAAUAUGAUAUUCUUAAAUGUCGAAAGAAGAUAUCGUUAGAAUUAUUAGAAUAAUCAUAUUGCACUACCAUUGGCGAAAAUUAUUUUUGAACAAUAUAAACAAGGAUUUCUCCUCAUCGAACCAUAUAAAAUAUACAAGGUGAUUCCCCUGAGGUAUUUUCAGAAAAAAAUGUUUGGAACAAAAGUUUCUUACUUUUUUGUAUGUAAUUCGAAUAUGCAAUCAAAAGUGCUAUGUUCCAUUUAAAAAAAUUUAAUUGGCCUUAAAAUGUCCUCAACACCUCUACUCGUAAACUAAUCGUUUCUACCAUAUGAUGUCCCCCUUUACUGAGCAUGUCGAUAUAAACAAUUUUUUCAUAUAUCUUCAAAUUUUGCUAAUUAUUAAAUCGGUCGCCUUAUACGAAUCAACCUGCAUACUUGCAGGUAACUUAUCCUCGUUACUAACGCCAUGUAAUCUUAUUUGCAGAUUAACAUGCAGAUAACAAGAAAUAAAGGCAUUUCCCGAGCACGAAUGUUCUUUUUUCUGUGUACAUUAGUUUUUAUCGAAUACUGAUUAUUUUUCUGAGUGAUUUAUGUUGAAAAUUACGAAUAUAUGAUGAAAUUCGAAUUCGUAAAUUUCCAAAGUGUCGGAAAGUUUAGACGAGGCCUACGCGAGCGAGUCGGCGAACGUGCACGGCUGUAGAUUUGCCGUUAUCGUGCGUGGUAUAAUCAUAGGUCACGCAUCGCGGCGUAGUUUCACCGGCGGGGAUAAACCUAAGAUUCGUUUAGUCGCGCUCUCUUCGGCUCUCUUCGAGAUUUUUCACCCUGCGACGCGUCCUUUCCCUGCCAUUUCGAAAUAUUUGUCAUACACACACACACACACACACACACAUGCAUCGCCAGUAUGUUUCGCGCGUAUUCCAUUCGCAUCAACUCGAAAUUUUUCGCGCCUCUUUCUCGCAUUACACGCCGUUGAGAACUUGGAGUCGCGAGGAGAAAACGCAGCACCGGAACGACCAUCGACGGGUAGACGAACGAAGAAACGAACGAACGAACUGUCUACGAUAUCCUGUACGUUCUGUAGAUCCUGGACGGCUCGUACUGUAGCCAACACUUCAUAAGCCGACACUUCCACGGUACGCUUGGUAAUUCGAGAGCACUAGAAGCCGCAGUCAACGUUCGCCGAGCACCUAGUGUACAACGCGGCCGAGAGAGACGAUCCGCGUCCUAUUUCCUCGACAUAGCUCCCUUCGUCGUCGGUGUGAGUCUCGAUUUUUUCGAUUCCCGCGGGCUCGCGAAGCGUCGAUUCAACGCGAAACAACGGGCUUUCUCAUCGUGUGCAGGUGUUCUACUUGUAUUGUCGGAGUAACAGCUUGUUCGACGACACUUCGCUUCACUUAUUACGCGCGACGACGUCUCGCAGAAUGAAUCUCAAGGAAGGCGUACAUGUGAUCUACGAUCUAUUAUUGUUCAUCGGGAUGACGGUGAUUUAUUUCACGGAGGCAGCACUGCUCAUGCUGAUUCCUCGCCGGUAUCGCGCCAAAUCGAUCGCGGGCGAGAUUGCCCUCGUCACGGGCGGCGCGGGCGGAAUCGGCCGAUUGAUCGCGAUCAAACUCGCGAAACUCGGCGCACAAGUGAUCAUUUGGGACAUCGACCAGCAAGGUCUCGUGGAAGUUGCGGAGGAAAUCAAGAAAACCGGGGGAACUUGCCACACGUAUUGCUGCGAUAUCGCCAAUAAGGAGGAGGUUUAUCGCACCGCGAAAGCGACGAAGAUCGAAGUCGGAAAUGUGAGUUUGUUGGUGAAUAACGCCGGAUAUGUGUGCGGCAAAACGCUUAUGGAAUUGCCCGAUCGCGAAAUCGUGCGCACUUUUCAAGUGAACAUUUUGUCGCAUUAUUGGAUUACAAAGUCGUUUUUAAGAGACAUGAUGAAGAAUAAUCACGGCCACAUCGUGACGAUGGCGAGCGUCGCUGGACUCGUGGGAAAUUACAAUUGCACGGAUUAUUCCGCGACGAAGUUCGCCGCGGUCGGAUAUCACGAGAGCCUCUUUGCCGAGCUAAAAGUGCACGGCUACGAUAAGAUUCACAUGACACUGGUUUGCCCAUAUCUCACAAACACGGGAAUGUUCGACGGAGUAAAAAGCAGGUUGAUGCCGACACUCGAGCCAGAAUACGUUGCGGAAGAAGUAGUAGCGGGUAUAUUAGCAAAUGAGAUGAUGAUAGUGUUACCUAACAUCAUGAUGUACCUGCUGCUGUUCAAAUGUUUGGUACCAGCGAAAAUGUGCUGGGCGGUCAUAUACCACAUCUUUAAAGAGCCACAAGCUAUGAUGAUGUUCAGAGGCCGCCAGUCGAGAAAAGUAACGAACAAUGGACGCACAGAUCUUUUCUUACACACACAUAAGUACGAUAGAUCAACGUCUCUUUGACAGAUCAUAACACAACCUGAUCUGUCACCAUCUGACAGCUGCAAGCAGCACGAAUCUAGUCAAUUGAGAUGGUCAAGACAGCCAAUCAGCAUCGCGGAAAAGAGGCUUCAAGUUUCGAUACAUUCGAGAUUUUCGGUAACACGCACUUUUUCUGAUAGAAAGUGAUGACACAGCAAAUGAUGACACGUUUAUGAUGUUAAUAUAAUUAACAACUAGAGAAUUCAAGUUACAAAAUGCUUUUCAAACAAUCGCGAUAUUGUAAUUUUUGCCAUAGUUACAGCACGUUGAAAAUCUCGCUUAUCUUUUAAAAUAAAGUAACGAAACAUUUAAUCUGA